AUGUCUUCUCGCCGGAGAGUUCUUCUGAAGGUUAUCAUUCUCGGAGAUAGCGGGGUUGGGAAGACUUCGUUGAUGAAUCAGUUUGUGAAUCGUAAAUUUAGUAAUCAGUAUAAAGCUACGAUUGGAGCAGAUUUCUUGACUAAAGAGGUUCAGAUUGAUGACAGGAUGUUCACUUUACAGAUUUGGGAUACAGCUGGGCAAGAGAGAUUCCAAAGUUUGGGAGUAGCUUUUUACAGAGGAGCUGAUUGUUGUGUUCUUGUGUACGAUGUCAAUGUUAUGAAAUCUUUUGAGAAUCUUAAUAACUGGAGAGAAGAGUUCUUGAUUCAGGCAAGUCCAUCAGAUCCUGAAAACUUCCCUUUUGUCGUGUUGGGAAACAAGACCGAUGUUGAUGGUGGCAAGAGCCGAGUGGUUUCUGAGAAGAAAGCAAAGGCAUGGUGUGCGUCUAAAGGAAACAUUCCUUACUUUGAGACUUCUGCAAAAGAAGGUUUCAAUGUAGAUGCUGCUUUCGAAUGCAUUACCAAAAAUGCUUUCAAGAACGAACCUGAAGAGGAACCGUAUCUUCCUGAUACCAUUGAUGUAGCUGGAGGUCAGCAACAUAGAUCAACAGGGUGUGAAUGCUAA